UUUUUGUCGUACGUAUUUCUGCCUGCCUUGUCGGUGGCUUGGAUACACCUGUCUCUUAUUUACCGUGGGCAAUACGAAUUAUAGGGAAAAGCGUGUGAUUGAAAUCACUGGAAAGGCUAAUAUGAAUACCAACAUGAAGCAGCGAUUGGAUGCUGAGCAGCCUACCAUGUCUAUUAAGAGCUACUUAGUGAAUAAAACAAACGAGGCGCUUGCACCAAGAAGAACACUUAAAGUGAUUCAGCCCUCUGCAUCUGGGUGCCUUGUUGGAAGGACCAAAGAGCCUGUCAAAAACUCGACAAAAAGAAAGCUAUGGAAUGAUCAGCUGACUUCAAAAAAGGCUAAAGUUGAGGUGGCUGUUGAUCUAGAGCACAGAGAAAACAAAGAUUGUUCAUCUGAAGCUUAUGACCUUAUGAUAAAAGAAACCCCUACUUAUCUCUACUGGAAGGAGGUUGCAGAGGAACGAAGAAAGGCCCUCUAUGAAGCAUUACAGGAAAAUGAGAAGCUGCAUAAAGAAAUAGAACUUAAAGAUGAAGAAAUUGGACGUUUGAAACAAGAAAAUGAUGAAUUAAUGGAACUUGCUGGGCAUGUACAGUACAUGGCUAAUAUGAUUGAGAGACUCACUGGAAAUGCACCACGAAGCCUUGAAGACUUAAAGAAUCUGGAUUUAGAAGAAGCAAGGUUUGAAGAUGAAGCAGACAUGGCAGACGGAAGGCUUGAAGAUGAGACAGACAUGGCUCAGCCCUCAACUUCUGGUCAGAAUAUGGAUGAACAAACUGUCUAGGCUGUGAAUUACAAAAUUUGAGACUUUUUUAAGAAGUGGCCUGUAACAUUUCUAAAGAUGUCCUGAUCAGUGGAGGGUGGGCAAAGUGUCCCUUUGUAUUUGUCCAUGCUGUUGGGAAGGGUUUCUUCAUUUCAGUGAAACAGACCUUAAACUGCAAGUUUUGGCAUCUGAUGAAAGAAAGUUCUGUAUCUUGCUAUAUCUAGCUGCUUGCCAAUUUUUUUAAAAUUGGUCACUUGUCUAACAAAUACUAUGUAUUUCUUUAUUGUAAAUAGUUUUUAACUUGCCAGCCUUUUAUGUGAGGUGAUUGUACAUACUUGAAUAAACUUCAGUUUGAACAUGUG